AUGCCAAAUAGCGACGAGGCCGGCACCCAGGUCGUCGAGCCCCACCGAAAGUCAAGAAACGGUUACAACGAAUGCCAAAAUCGACAUAUUAAAUGCGACGAAACCCGGCCGGAAUGCCGGAACUGUGCCAUAAGCGAGCUGGUUUGUCCAUACCUCACGAUACCCUCAACCCCAAACGGACCCGUCGCCGCAUCUACUCUCACCAGCGUCGUUGGCAACCACCUUUUGGCAGUUCCUAGAGCGACACAGGAUGGCACACGGCAUUCUGGACCGACUUUUACAGCAACCCACCUGGCCUUUCUUCACUAUGCUGUGACAAACAUGUUGGACUUUAUGGCUCUUCAGGUGAGAGGACGGCCCGUGAUCGAUGCUGCCCUGGAAAAUGCAUACAAGGCGCCUUAUCUCCUGGAUCAAGUUCUCGCGCUUUCGGCGCUUCAUAUCUUAACUCAGGAUGUGGUACAAGCAUCAUCAUUCCACUGGCAAGCCACUGAGCUACAAAUACGUGCGCUAGGCCUAUUUAACAAGGCUAAAGACCACAUAUCCGAAGACACUUACGUGCCGACUUUUCUUUUCGCCUCACUGCUUGGGCUCUAUGUUCUUCACAAAACACUUCAUUAA